AUGGCGCCUCCAAGGCUGGAAAAGGGUGUUGGGGUGUUAGAUAAGCCAGUAAUAGAGAAAACAACUCCUGGAAGAGAGUCUGAGUUUGACUUGAGGAAAUCAAGGAAAAUGACACCACCAUAUAGAGUGAUGCUAAACAAUGACAACUACAACAAGAGGGAAUAUGUUGUGCAAGUGUUGAUGAAGGUUAUACCUGGAAUGACAGUUGACAAUGCAGGAAAUUUACUGAAUAUUGAUUGGUUGAUACAGUUAACUAGAAUUGGUCGAGAUGCAGUUUUAUAUGUUGAGUCGCUCAUUGAGUCAAUCAUGGGAGGAUUGGAAGGGCUAAUCAACAUUCUUGAUUCUGAAGGAGGUUUCAGCUCUUUGGAGACACAUCUUCUACCAGAAGUCACCUGA